AUGGACCAUCCAUUGGCGGUAUUAAAUUGCCCAUGUGAGAAUCCUCUAACAGCUCAAAUAGUAGAGCAACAGCGUCGAAAAUUUCAACAAGUUGCAAAUGAUGUAAAAGCUGGAACCAUUAAACUAGCCACAUGGCAUAUGUCAGAACAUGCAGUCAACCCAGGAAAGGCACACCCUCAAAGCUUUCAAGAAACUCGAGAAAGGCUAAUCCGCCAAUUAACACGAUUAUUUUUAGACGUCAAUGUACUUUCAAAUGAGAUACAAAAAGCUUUUUCAGAUGAGAUACAAAAAGCUUUUUCAGAUGUUUUUGAAAAGUUUGAAGCGUUUUAG